CGGCGCGGGGGCGCCCCCCUCGGCCGGGCGCUCGGGUUACAGCGGCGGCUCCCCGGCUUCCCCGCCCGCGCCUCCCGGGUUCGCCGGCGCCGUGAGAGACAUUGUAACGGAACUGGGACGCCAGCGCUGCAUUGUGGGAGCUUUUAAAGCGGCGGGGAACGUGGCCCGGCCGCUCGGGCCCACCGGGCCAAGCUCACCCCGGCGCCCCUAGCACGGCCCCGCCGCCUCUCGUUCCACCACACACCCCACACCGCCGAGGCCUGUGGACCGGAAAGCCCGAAGUGGUGAGGUGACUGGUGCCUACUGACUCUCACAGGAGCACAGUCUUCCAUAGCCCGGGGUGAGACUUGUAAAACUGCCCUCUACGGUCAUCCCGGAAAGUAGGAGGCUUUUUCUGCAGACGCUUAAAGAAAAAGAAAAAGAAAAAAAAAAAAGCCCUUCCAUCCCCCAAGAACUGGGUUUGAAUUGCUUUUCCUCUGGAGUGGCAGUGAUUCAGCGACCCCGUUCUCAGCAGCAGGCAGUGACAGAGACAGGAGACGAAAAACACAGCGAAUGAAUCAGACGCAAUCUUGGAAGGGGAAUUAUGAGUUAGGAAGCACAGAAGGGGCCAACCUAAGCUCCUCUCUGAAGAGACCAACAAAAGCACAUUCAUCAGAAGCCAAGUUGGAGCCCAGGAGGAGACAACAGAAGCCUGGGCUCAGGGGCCCAGGUUAGAGGAAAGAAAAGAGACUUUUCUUCUAGCCAGGAUGAAAGGCAUGCAGGCCAGUCAGGAAACUUCAGUGGCUCUGCAGAGUGAACUCUAUGAGCAGGAAGAUAAAAUGGAGAAUCAAGCACAAAGAAAAGACACCCAAGACAGUCUCCCAAUGACACAGCGAUCUUUAGUACAUUUUUUUUCGACAACGAAUUCAGAUAUUACACUGCCAUUGUCACGGUCAUUAUCCUAUGAAAUGCUUCUUGAUUACAAUCCGUCUAGCCCUCAGUUUAGUGGAAUAACUAUAUCAACAAUUGGGCAGAAGACUCCUAAAACUACAGGAGUGGGCCUUUCCAGAUCGGAAAACAGCUUGGGAGUCAACAGCUCCAUAAUGACAAAGAAACAGGCUCUGCUCCUUGCUCCUGAGAUACCAGUAACUGGGGAAGGAGAAGAUUAUUUCCUAUCUUUGUUUGGUGAUUCAAAGAAACUUCUUCCACAUUCAUUCCAUGCUGAGAAAGCCUGGAAGCACUUUUCUAUGAUUCUUGAAGAAGUGGGCCAAUCUAGAUCCAGUGCUCUUGGAGACAUUAAAAUAGCUGAAGUAAAUGUCAAGGGUUUAUUUGUGAAACUCAUUAACUCUUCCCUUGACAAAGAACUGGAGAUUGGAGGUCAUAUUCUCCAGCAAAAUAUGAAUGGACAAACAGUCUCUUUGUACCACUUCCCUCCGAAUAUCAUAAUGCAGGCCAAUUGCACAAUAACAGUGUGGGCAGCUGCAUCUGAAGCAAAGCAUCAGCCACCAUCAGAUUUUCUUUGGAGAGAACAAAACAAGUUUAGAACAAGCCCAAAUUGUACAACGAUUCUGUGCAAACCUAAUGGUGAAGCUGUUGCCUGGUACACUCCUAUUCACUGGAAGCAAGCGUGGGAGAAAUUAGAGACUGACAUUGAAUUUGACAGACGCUCAGUAGUAAGUACAACGUCUCGAAGACACGUGUUUAAUUGGCCAGCAGCUAUAACUACAACUAAAGAAAAACAAGAUAAAUGUAAUAAAGAUAUCUCCAAAUAUCAGAUGGAACGAGUCAGAGUUUUUCUCAAAAGAGAAAAAGAAACCCCACCACACCCUUUGCCCAAUAGCAGCCCUUGGUGCCACAGUCCCAGUGUCCCUGCACAUCCCUACAGUACUCUGAUUGAAACUUGCAAUACGUGCAUGACUGAAAGCAGCUUAGAUAGACAGCCGAGGCCUCAGUCAUCCAGGCCUGAUCCAGCCCAGGUAAGUCAAAGGGAUACGUUCUCUGAUAUAUUAUGGAAUAGUUCCAAUGAGCAUGACAAUCUUUGGCUUGUUUCUACUCUUGAUGAGAAUGCAUCUAAAGCAACAACAGGAUGUUUGCCAAAAGUUACCACUUAUCAUUUGAUCUGCUGA